AUGCCGCACUCGAGUCCUUUGGAGGAACAUAUAAGCUUUCUAAGGACGAUCGCGUCCUCAGAAGCCAGUGAUGCGCUCGUUGCGCUCGGGUAUUCUCACGGCGGUUACCUACAGGGAGUCUCCAGGUUGUCUCCGCCACCUAAUCAUCGUCAGCCUCAAGACAGCGCAACUGUGUGCGGGCCAAUCAUACCGGUGAAGCUAGUGCCCGCUUCUGACAAGACGUCUCCCUAUUAUGAAGGCACAUACGCAGAUGCUGCAGAGACGGGCAAGGUGAUUUUCAUCUCCCAGCCGCGUGGGACGACAAAUGCCGUAUGGGGUGGUUUAAUGAGCGCAAGAGCAUCCGUCCUUGGGAUUUCGGGGGUGGUCGUUGACGGCCAGAUUCGAGACAUUGCAGAUCAACGUGACUACCUGAUAGGUGACGAUGACGGCGUGGUUAUUAUCCCAUUCAACCUAAUCCCGGAUGUCGUCCAAUCUGCAAAAAAGAGCGUAGCGGGAGAUGGUCAGGCUAUGCAGGCUAUCAAAAAUGGCACGUCCGCCACCGAGGCAUUUAGGAUGUUCAGGGGUCGGUAA